UCGAUAUGAUGAUCACAUCUUUCUGUUUUAAAACCCGAAAUCUCUUAUAAUUUGACGAACAUGGAGGAAGGGAAGAACAACAAUGUGUCUCCCCCCUUCCUAAGGAUAAAUCCAUCAAAGAUCUUGCCAUUGAGAAUCUUGCAAUUCCUGCUUCUUCUUCUAGCUAUUGGGAUCUCCUUUUCUUUUCUCAGUAUGUUCAUGAUCCGUUACGUCGGAUCAUCCCAAAUCACCAUCUCCUCAUUUACAACACCUAAUUCGAGUUCCCUCCCAUGUUUUAUGAAAUCCCCAAGUUCACCGAGCUUAAUGCACGAUAUGAAUGAAACAGAGCUGUUUUGGCGGGCUUCAAUGGUUCCUCUAAUAAACCAAUACCCAUUUGCAAGAACAAAGAAGAUUGCCUUCAUGUUCUUGACCAUAGGUUCAUUACCAAUGGCACCUCUUUGGGAAAGGUUCUUCAAUGGCCACCACAAGCUCUAUUCCAUUUACAUUCACUCUUCCCCAUCUUAUCAACAUAACUUCAACUCUUCCUCUGUUUUCUACAAAAGGAAGAUUCCCAGCCAGACAGUAGAGUGGGGAACGAUGAGCAUGUGCGAUGCAGAGAGAAGACUUCUAGCCAAUGCAUUGCUCGACGUUUCCAACGAAUGGUUCAUACUCUUGUCGGAAUCGUGCAUUCCCAUUCAGAACUUCAGCUCGGUUUAUGAAAGCCUAUCGCGAUCCAAUUUAAGCUUCAUGGGCUCGUUCGAUGAUCCCGGAGCAUCAGGAAGAGGUAGAUAUAGUUGGAACAUGAGACCUGAGGUCGACAUAUCACAGUGGCGAAAAGGGUCCCAAUGGUUUGAAGUCGAGAGGAGGCUGGCUGUUCAUAUCAUUUCCGAUUCAAUUUACUACCGCAAGUUCAAGGAAUUUUGCACACCGUCAUGUUAUGUGGACGAGCACUAUUUCCAGACAAUGAUGAGUAUUCAAUUCCCUCAUCUAUUGGCGAACCGAACUCUAACUUGGGUAGAUUGGUCCAGAGGUGGUGCUCAUCCGGCAACCUUUGGAAAGGAAGACAUCACAGCAAAAUUAUUUGAGUGGAUUCUAGAAGAUCAUGGAUGUGAUCUUGUCGGAGGCCUGUGCUUUCUUUUCGCAAGGAAGUUCGCUCCUGAUGCGUUGGAACCAUUGCUUCAAAUCUCAUCUGAAGUUUUUGGAUUCUGAAAGGAUCCUCUAUGAUAAUUCUCUGUUAGCAUAUGUUAGUGAAGAUCAUAUAUGGUGUUCUUCAAUAAUAUUAAACAAAGCAUGGUAGAGGCCUUACAGAUUCAACAAUA